AAAGUAGAACGCUAAACCCCAGCCUCAUGCCUCACCUGUCUUCUCCGGCACAUCUUCUUCCGAUGAUCCUUGGGGAUGGCAAAUGAAUUGCAGCGAAUUGAGCUGAGUCGAAUCAGUUCCAAACUCGUAAAAUACUCAUAAAGGUAAAACCUUUUGAUCUGCUCAGCUCUAUAUGCGUACAUCAACAUCGCGAACCUAGCAAUGACACUCGUCCGAAACCCUAGUAGAUUCACAACUCUUCUCAAACGGCUCUCACACCUCUCUGUAGAAAACCCAUUUACGCCCCUAAGCUCCGCAACUCAAAAGCCUAGAUCUUUCGCCACCCAGAGAACCCGAAACGGGAUCCGAGUCACUCCCACCAUCAGAAAAAUGGCGGAGGAAGCGAUGCUAGAUUACUUCUACUCCACCAGGAGCUUGCAGUACAUGGUAGCCGAGAGCAUGAGCAAGAACAGCCCCAUCUUCAUCGAGAAUCUACUCAAGAAGGUGAGCUGCGUCUCUGCUUCCGACAUCAACCAAUCCAUCACCAAACAUCUGAGGUUCCACCCCGUCAACGAGUUCGAGCCUUUCCUCGAGAGCUCGGGUCUCAAGCCCGAUGAGUACACUCAUCUCAUCCCCUCUGGUGAGAUCUUCUUGAACGAGCUGUUGCUUGAGAAUCAUCGCGUUCUGUGUUACUGUGGAGUUGACCCUAAGAAGAUUGGGAAGAUCUUCGAGGAGGCUAGGGAUGUGUUCGGGUACGAGACUGGUGUUUUGGCGUCGAAGAUUAAGGUUUAUGAGGAUUUUGGGUUUAGCAGGUUGUUUCUGUCGAAGCUUAUCGCUUGUUGUCCGAGAAUGUUGGUUGGGGAUACGGAUAUGGAGCUUGUUAGGGUCGUGGAGAAGCUGAGAGCUAUAGGGAUUGAUUCUGAUUGGGUGAUGAGGAACUUGUCAGAGGAGGUUUCUUAUGAUUGGAGCUCAGUGCAUUGUGCUCUAACGUUGCUUAGAGUAAUAUGCAACGAUGAGGAUGAGCUUUAUGCGUUAAUCAAGAACCAUCCGAGACUCAUCUUUGAGAGCUCAGGGAGAUGGACACUGAUUCUCUCUGGAUUCGAGACGAAACUCGGCUUAUCCGCAAGAGAACUCUACUCGCUGUUUCAGAAACUCCCACAGAUGCAAGUGGAGAGAUGCGUUUCGAAUCUAAGAAGAUGCUUCUUGUUCGUGAAAGAGAUCGACAUGGAGGACGACGAGAUCCAAAAGGUGUUUCGGUCUCACUCGUGGUGGAUUAGUUCGUGUACGUUGAAGAAAACAAGCAGCUUGCUGGUUAACUUAAAAGCUUACAAAACGAGAGUCUGUAAAGUCGUUAAAGAGAAUCCAGAGGAGAUGAAGAAAUGGACGAUGGGUUCAAAAGUCCAUCCCUUACCAGCCACAGAAGUGUACCUAGACUCCAAAGUGAUGAAGACUCAGUUUUUGCUAGACCUCGGGUACGUGGAAGGCUCAGAGGAGAUGGAGAGAGCAGGGAAGAGUUUCCGCGGGAGAGGAUCCGAGCUCAAAGAGAGAUUCGAAGUUCUUGUGAGGUUUGGUUUGGACGAGGAAGAUGUCAAAGAGAUGGUGAAAGCGUCUCCUAAUAUCCUCACGCAAGCAAGCGACGUGCUGGAAACGAAGGUUAGGUUCCUUGUAACGGAGUUAGGCUACCCGCUUUCGACGUUGGUGGCGUUCCCUUCGUGUUUGAAGUUCACUCUCGAGAGGAUGAAGGUUAGGUUCGCGAUGUUUGCGUGGCUUAAGGCUAGAGGCAAGGCGGAUCCUAAGCUUGCGGUUAGUACUCUGCUCGCGUGCUCGGAUAAAGACUUUGCGAGGUAUUUUGUGAGCCGUCAUCCUGAUGGGCCUAAGCAUUUGGAGGAUUUGAAGAAGAAGCAACAGCUUCUUUGAUUAUUAGUCUUUAACAAAAGAUUGUAUUAG